CCAGGAAGCUUCGAGCAGAAGCUGAUUGUAAAAGGAGUCAUGCUGCUGACCUUCAAAAUGAUCAGGAGAGAAUGAGUGCUCAAGCUAAUUAUUUGGACAGUCAGUUACGUGAUAUAGAACGAUUAGAAGCUUGGGAUACUAGGAGAGAAAAUCAACUGAUAGACUUUAUACCCGAGCUCACCCGUACAGAGGAAAAAAUCAAAAAAAAUAGAGAUAUGUCCAAUGAGCUCCAGGCUAAGGAGGCUGACCUCAGACAGAAGGCAGAGGAUAAGAAAAGAGAAGCUGAGAGGCUGUGUGGCGAGGCUGGGCAGAGCUGUAUUUCUGGAAUAGACCACAGAUCCCAUGGAAAUAUGGCACAAGCUAAUCCAAUCCUUCAACUGGUGGAACAACUGUUGAAUGAAGCAGAAGAGCUUAAUAGACAAGCUGAUCAACAUCUUUGUGAAAUACAGGAGAACAAGGCCAAUAUUCAGGACCUACAGUCUCAGAUUCAAGACGACACCAGCUUUGGUGGUGAUCUGAGACAAAUAAUCGCUGAUACCCAAAAUAAGUUGACCGAACUAAGAAGUCAGCUGCAGGAAAAAAGGAGAGAAUCUGAAGAGAAGAGAGAAAGAGUAGCAAGAUUUAGGGCGGAAGUGGAUCGACUGACUCCGGAUAUAUCAAGGAUUAAAGAGGAAGCAGAUAUUGCAGAUCAGCAGGCUGAACAAGCAGAUAGGGAGGCUGAUAGGAUUGAUCAAGAGCUUCAGUUCAACAAUUGAUUAGAGGCGGAAACAACCUACUCUGGUUAGGCGGGUUGUGAUUUUUUAUUUGUAUUAUCUCAUGCUAUGUAGUUGAAUAAAGAUAUGAAUAAAUGAAA